GGGGGUGGGGGGAGGCGGGGCGGCUCCGGUGAGUGACCGGGAGGAGACUAUCGUAGCCGAGGGGAGGUUUCCGGUCGAUGUCGCUCCUUCUGACGCAGACGCUGGUGCAAACGAUCCGUGUCCGCCCGCCCGUCCUCCGGUGUGCCGCGGUAAUAAAAGUCCUCCUCCUUGCAGAUAAGACGGUGAGAGCGGCCGGUCACUGUUCAGCAGCAGCCAUGGCCAAGAGGAGGCCCUUCGAGCGGCUACCCGCCGACGUCUUCCCCGUCAACUACGGGCUGUCUCUCAAGCCCGACCUGAUCAACUUCACCUUCCUGGGCAAGAUGGAGGCGAGGGUGGAGGUGACACAGGCCACUAAUCAGAUUGUGAUGAACUGCGCUGACAUCGACAUCAUCACAGCCUCUUUUGUGUCCAACGGAGGAGAUGAAAUUGACGCCACGGGGUUCAACUAUCAAAACGAGGACGAGAAAGUGACCUUGUCCUUUCCGAGCGCUCUACAAAAAGGCUCUGGUGUGUUGAAGAUCAAAUUUGCCGGAGAAUUGAAUGACAAAAUGAAAGGAUUCUAUCGAAGUAAAUACACAAAUUCCGCAGGAGAGACCCGCUACGCUGCAGUCACACAAUUUGAGGCCACAGACGCUCGCAGAGCCUUUCCCUGUUGGGACGAGCCCGCCAUCAAAGCCACCUUUGACAUCACUCUGAUCGUCCCCAAGGACCGCGUCGCCUUGUCAAACAUGAAUGUCGUUGAGCGACUGCCGUACCCCAGCGAAGAAGACCUGGUGGAAAUCCAGUUUGGCACCUCCCCCGUCAUGUCCACUUACCUCGUAGCGUUUGUCAUCGGCGAGUUUGACUUUGUGGAGAGUCAGUCGUCGGACGGCGUGCUGGUACGCGUCUACACGCCGACGGGCAAGGCGGAGCAAGGGCGCUUUGCACUGGAGGUAGCCACAAAGACUUUGCCCUUUUACAAAGACUACUUCAACGUCCCUUACCCUCUGCCUAAGAUUGAUCUCAUUGCAGUUGCUGAUUUUGCUGCUGGUGCCAUGGAAAACUGGGGCCUCGUUACUUACAGGGAGACAGCGCUGCUGAUCGACCCAAAGAACUCCUGCGCUUCCUCCAGGCAGUGGGUGGCGCUGGUGGUGGGUCACGAACUCGCCCACCAGUGGUUUGGAAACUUAGUCACCAUGGAAUGGUGGACACAUUUGUGGCUUAACGAGGGCUUUGCAUCCUGGAUCGAGUAUUUGUGCGUGGACCACUGCUUCCCAGAAUAUGACAUAUGGACUCAGUUUGUGUCUGCGGACUACACGCGUGCUCUAGACCUGGACGCGCUGGACAGUAGCCAUCCCAUCGAGGUGAACGUUGGCCAUCCCUCUGAGGUGGAUGAAAUCUUUGACGCCAUCUCAUACAGCAAAGGAGCGUCUGUGAUCCGAAUGCUGCACAACUACGUAGGAGACGAGGACUUCAGGAAAGGAAUGAACUCGUAUUUGUUGAAGUUCCAGCACAGAAAUGCGUCGACAGAGGACCUGUGGGACUGUCUGGAACAGGCCAGCGGGAAACCCAUCGCCAGGGUGAUGAGCUCCUGGACCAAGCAGAUGGGCUUCCCCAUUAUUGUGGUGGAACAGCAGCAGGAUGACAACGACCGCGUGCUGAAGUUAUCCCAGAAGAAGUUCUGUGCCAGCGGACCACAUAAUGGUGACAAUUGCCCCUGCUGGAUGGUACCCAUCAGUAUUUGUACCAGCAAGGACCUCAAGUGCUCCAAACUCCAGGUUCUACUGGACAAGCCCGAGAUCACCGUCACCCUGCCAGGCGUAAGCCCAGACCAGUGGAUCAAGGUCAAUCCCGGCACGGUGGGUUUCUACCGCAUCCAGUACAGCUCUGCCAUGCUGGAGAGUCUUCUGCCCGCCAUACGAGACCUCAGCCUGCAGCCGGUGGACCGGCUCAGCCUCCAGAACGACCUCUUCUCCCUGUCCCGUGCAGGCAUGAUCAGCACGGUGGAGGUGCUGAAGCUGAUGGAAGCGUUCGUCAACGAGCCCAAUUACACCGUGUGGAGCGACCUCAGCGCCAACCUGGGCGUGCUGUCCUCCCUGCUCUCCCACACCGACUUCCACGAGGAACUCCAGGAGUUCAUCCGUGACCUCUUCACCCCCAUCGGCCUUCGUCUGGGCUGGGACAGCAAACAUGGAGAAGGUCACCUGGACGCCCUGCUGAGAGGUCUCGUUCUGGGGAAGUUGGGCAAGGCCGGACACAAACCCACACUGGAGGAGGCCCGGCGGAGAUUUAAGGAGCAUGUGGAGGAAAAACAGGUGUUACCUGCAGACCUCAGGAGCCCGGUUUAUUUGACCGUGCUGAAGCACGGAGACAGCAGCACCUUAGAGACCAUGCUGAGGCUUCACAAGCAGGCCGACAUGCAGGAGGAGAAGAACCGCAUCGAGCGAGUGCUCGGCGCCAUCGCCGCUCCCGACCUCAUCCAGAGAGUCCUCACCUUCGCCCUCUCGGAGGAGGUCCGUCCCCAGGACACGGUGUCUGUCAUCGGCGGCGUGGCGGGAAGCAGCAAACAAGGCCGCAAAGCCGCGUGGAAGUUUGUGAAAGACAACUGGGAGGAGCUUCACAACCGAUACCAGGGCGGCUUCCUCCUAUCGCGUCUCAUCAAGCUCACAUUGGACGGAUUCGCCGUGGACAAAAUGGCGGCGGAAAUCAAGAGUUUCUUCGAGAGUCACCCGACGCCGGCGGUGGAGCGCACCCUCCUGCAGUGCUGUGAGAACAUCCUCCUCAACGCCGCCUGGCUCAAGCGUGACGCCGAUGACAUCCACCACCAUCUAAUGCGGCGCAAGGCUCCCCCCGUCUGAGCGGGCCUCCUCUGUCUCCACAAGUACAAGACUUUUUGUCCCCUCGGCAACAAAUCCAAAUUCCAUCUGGACCAGGAUGCUGGUUUUAGCCCCUGCCCUCCCCCCUCCCCUGCCCUGCCCCCCCCCACACCACAACACCAAGACUUGAUCGCUGAACAUGCAACUUUUUAUCGUGCGUGCAUGAUUGGCCAAACAUGUUGUCGUCAUCACGCAGCAGAUUUCUACAUCAUCGUCAUCGUCAUGGGCGGGAUCAAGACAGGAAGUGCAGUCACUAAUUAUAUUAAAAUAAUAACAAUUCAUAGAAACUAC